UCCGCCUGUCGGUAGUUCGUUUCCGUGUCCCGCCUGCCCCGCAAUAUUCAAGUUUCACAGUUCAGUGGAGGCUCUAGCAGAGCAGAGAAAUCGCCAGUGUUUUACAAGGAUAUUUGGUGGGGAUGGGUGGGAACAAGCAAAACCCAUACUCUAGUGACACUGAUCCCAACAGUGACACUGAGGACCUGCCCACUUUUACCUUCUUGCAGGAGAGGCCUGUCAUCAUAGAGACCCCAGACUCUGCUGGCUCUGUUGCAUUCCCCUCCAGUGUGAAGGAAGAGGCCAUCAUGAUCAGCAGUGAGAGUGAAGAGGAAGUCUUUGUGCCUCUUUCAGAAAGGCUGAAGGGACGAAUUGGAGAUUGCCAUGAAACCAAAGGAACUGGGACCCUUCAGCCCAUGGAGCUCUCAAACCCCUACCCAGCUGGCUCUCUUGAAAAUGUGGUGCCACUGAGGAAAAGUGUUUCAUCAGCAUUCACUAGCCAGCCUGUCCUGGGACUGAAGGGGGCAAUAGAAGUUUGGGACUUCUCCGAUUCUGAGGAGGAGAAUGAAGCACUGAACUCGAGGGGACCUUGUUUCUACAAAUCAGCCACUGCUCGUCCUGUCUACCCAGAGGAGCAUGGCUUGCCAGUAAUGGCAGUAGUGACAUCAGAGCUCACCCCCCUGAAGAGGAAGCCAGUGAAGCGCAGCAAGGCACAGGUAGAGCAGGCCAGGUUGGAGGCACUGAGGAAGAGGACAGAGAAGGACAAGCAGAGGGCUGAGCGGGAAAAUCACAAGCAGGAGCUGGAGCAGGAAAGGGCGAAGAAGAAAUGUAUGGCUGAUGCAGUAAAAGCCCUCAGGCCAGAGGAGUGUCUGAAGUACUUGGUGGCCACUAUCGAUCCAGCUCUCUUACAGGUGGAAGGUGGAGGACAGCUGCUCACCAUGCUGCAGGCUCUGGGCUGUAGCUGUGCCAUUGAGAGCCAGGCAGUGCCUCACAGUGUCACCUGGAGACGCAGGGUCACCCUCACACAGGGUGAAGAAGCAGUGUGUGUUCCUGAGCCCCAUGCUGUGAUCUACGUGCCAAUGGAAGAUUUUGUCUACAUGGUCCACAGCUAUAAACAGGAGCAACAAGGCUGUGCCUCCAAUAGUAUCCCAUCUCUGAUCAGCUGGACUCGAGGCAUUUUAGGGAUGAGCGCAGGCAGGACUCCAGCACUGGCCGUUGUUAACAUGGAGAAAUACUUCAGGUCCCAGAAAUCUCAGAACCAGAAGAAACAUCGUCAGGCUGUGCUAGGGGAGGGGGAUGGUAUAAAUAAACGAAAGAAGAGGAGAGAGGGAGAGCUGCUGCCAGACGUGUCCCGGGUGGACUUGGAAGAGGCUCUAGUGGACCUGCAGCUGCACACAGAGGUUCAGGUUCGCUUCCUGGAGACCUGGAAGGAGUUUUCUGAUUACAUUGCUAUGGUAACCAAAGCUGUGGCUGAAGCACCAUUCAAGCAUGAGCGUAACCAAGCGGGUUUCUCCUUCUACCUGGAGAGUGAGUGGUCGGGAGGGUGCAAGGUGGACCGCAGUGGAAAGGGACUCAUUCAGGUGUGGAAGAGGCAGAUCCAACAGUUUAACCGCGUCAGCCCUGAAAUUGCCAGUGCCAUCCUGGCUGCAUACCCCUCGCCACAGCUGCUUGUCCGGGCAUAUCGUAAAUGCAGCAGUGAUCAGGAGAGGCACACCCUUCUUGCAGAUAUUCUAGUUCGCCGAGGUGAGGGGGUGACUUCAACAUCUCGCCGUGUCGGACCAGAGCUCUCCAAGCGCAUCUAUUUACUGGUGACAUCUCUUGACCCUGAGCUGUCAUUGGAGGCCACAGGCUAGAUAACGAAGCCAUAAAUAUAGAAGCUGACACUUUCAAGAUGGAGAUAUUUCAUGAUAUGUUGAAAAAUACUAAUUCAAAAUGAUUUCUUUAAAUUGUGUAAUGUUUAAUGAUAAUAAAAAAGUCUGGUAUUGCCUGAUACUUUACUUGCC